GUGGAUAUGAUGUUGAAAAGAGGUAUCUAUUCUGCAGUACUUGGACAUGUAUUUGCUCAUACUCUGGGGCAUGCGGUACCAAGUUCCAAAUGAAGUGGCAGGCCUCAGAUGUAUUACUUGACUUGUUGUCUUCUUCAUAUACUGAAUGCAAUUUCGGCAAACGUGGUAAUCUCAGUAAAGGCGAUACUGCUGAUAGUUCUAUGCGCAGAUAUCAGGUAAAAGGGAUGUCACAGACGAAGUAUAAUUUGUUUGGAAAAGAAAGCCGUGAGAGCAUGCUGUCUUUGAACCGCGAUUGCCGGGCAUAUUCUGAAGUACUUCUUAGUUCUAAGGAAUCUCGUGCCAAACCUGUGACUGCAGAAAGUCUUCCACAGGUUGUGUUGGAGUCAUUGUUCAAUGUCCCUCAGAGUGCUGAAGCUAAUCCUGAAACUAUGAAUUUCAAGAACGUAGUAAAGAAAAUAGAGUCAUUUGGACAAAAACUGGGCUUCCACUCUACUCGGGAAGCAGAACCGCCAGAUGAAAUAGAAUACGCAAAGGGAGAAGAAUAUCAAGUGUUCAGAGAAGAUGCAAGGCAUCACUGGGAGAAAAUGAGGCUUUACCAUCAGAAAGCUGCAACAGCAUUUUCAAGGGGAGAAAAAGAUUAUGCAGCUUAUCUUUCAGAUCAGGGGAGAGUUGAAAAUAAAAUGGCUCGUGAGGCUGAUAAAAAGGCGAGCAAGCAGAUAUUUGAAGCCAUAAACAAGGGAAUAAAGAAUAUGAUAACGAUUGAUUUACAUGGUCAGCACGUCGAACAAGCCAUUAGGGAAGUGAAAGUUCACCUUGUCUUUAUGAUGAACACAUCCUCUGUUCAACUUCUCAGGGUCAUUACUGGAUGUGGAGUUGGCAAGGGUACGGUGAAGCAGUCGGUGAUUCGCCUUGCCGAAAAGGCAGGAGCUGAGUGGAAGGAAGAAAACCAAGGAGUGGUAACUAUCAGAGUAGUUGGGCGGAAAGAGUGUGACUUCUUAGAAUCAGAUAGUGAUACUGAGUAGAGGUAACUCUUUGUUGGAUUCAAGUAUUCAACAAAACGUGUUUCGUGUAAAUACGGUUAGCCUACAUUCAACAUGAUAGAUUCCAAGAUGCCCCACUGUGUAAACUCAACUUUUUCUUCUUCCUUUUUUGUUUUCCAUUUUUCUAUGUAAGCAUCAGACAUUAGCUGCUGCAGAACCUGGGGCAGUUCUGCAUUGUAUGUGUCUUAGACUAAGUUAGUGUCCAGAGUCGACUUCUGAAAAUUUAUGGUUUAGCUGUUUUUUCUAGAGUCCAACCCGGUGGAAUGAGACCCACCCUAACCUUAUGAUGUCUUUAACAUUCAAAUGUAAGCUUUUCUUAUUAUUAUUGUAUUUUGUACAUGAUAAUGAAGUCAUUGUCAUUGUAAUUUGAAUAUGUUGGGAUCCUUAAUUAUUCACUGCAUCA